UGAGGUUGUCAGGGAGUGGGAGGUUGCUUCAGUUUUAUGAGCAGUGGUCUGGUGGGGGUUGUGGAAUUUUAAACCGCUGGAUAAUCUGUUUUAGUUCCAUUAUAAGCGAUCAACAGAGGCGUGAUGUUAUGGGCGGUGUGGGCGGUGGUGUGGGCGGCGGCAGCGUCUGCCCUUCCCUACCAUGACAUAGACUCCUCGAAAGUCUCCAUCGACAGCUUAUCUAUAGAAGAGCUUGACUACGAAUUCCAAACUCGUCUGGAGGCUCUACAAGCCUACAUAGAACGGAAGUACGAGGAACAUUUAAGCGAACACCAGAUUAAUUUGCAGAGAUUAAGCAGAUCACGUCGUCACGUCACUGUGUCCUCUGCACACCCUUCUCAGCACGUCACUGCUGCAGUACCUUCCCUGGCACCAGGCUACUGGCACUCCUACACGUACAACACCAUAGUUGAGAGGGAGAUUUUUGUUCAUUCCAUGCUGGACGACCCCUGGCACCAGUUUCACAUGAGGUUGAUACAGACGGUAACUUCCUCGGAGGAUAUUAUUUCGUGGACCACCUUCGGCUGGGGUCUGGAGCACUUCCUGCUGGUGAUGACCACCUCCCUUGCUAAACUCUACCUGCUGAGGGGCGCCCACUACGAGGUCUUGCAAGACAUUUUUCCUUCUGGUGAUCUUCAAGAAUUUAAAACAUUUUUUCCACUGCACGUACCGUCGUGUAGAGACGAAGUAAUCCUCCUUACAGGGGAAGACACUCGCUUAGUCGCCUAUGUAUGGAAUGGCACUGCUCGCGCCAUGCAGGUGGGCUACACGAGAACUCUGGACGCCAGUGUACCCACCUGGAAACACUGCUACCAGAUCAAAGGAUCAGGUGAUGAACCUGUUCAGGUAGUAGUGCACGGACGUGAUGGCGUUAUCAUCCUGGAAGUGGAGGCACUAUUAUCUCCUCUGCUGGAUCCUGUAAUCCUUCAAAACGAAGUGGUCUACAACGCAAUGAAAGAUCUCGAGAUAAAACACCAGCAACAAACUUCUGUGAUAGCUGCAGCAAAGGCAACAAUAGAGAAUAACGUGGACUGUGGAAAUGCUACUAACGGCACUGGACCCAUAGUAAUCUCUGGACCUGUUACUCUCAUCAACGGCAUAGAUGUCAUAGGGGCAUUUAACACGUCGCAGCUCGAGGCCCAGACAAUGGGUCUGCAUGGCACACAGAUGGAUGGUAUCAGUUACUACUAUUACAGGGACCAACUAGUGUCUCUGACUCAGUACAGCAAGAUGAUGGACCAACUGUCUGUACAACUCGCAACUAUAGGUUCCAAAUUAGAAGAUGCGGUUCCAUCCUCUGGCUCGUCUAGAAUGGUGAGUGGAGUGAAAACUAUGAAGGGCGGAGACAUGAAUCUGGACACGCUGGCACUUUAUAACCUUCAAAUAAAAGAAGCUUUUGAUGGCUCUGGCACCCUUGUUUCACUAGAAAACAAGUUUGGAAGCAUUAUAAGGCAUAAUGACACGAGGAAAAUAACUGGAAAGAAGGUUUUCACAAAUGGUCUACACACGAGAACACUGUACACUUCUCAUUUGGAUGAUGUACCUGUGAUCGACUUGGUCACGACCAGUGGCCACCAAACCAUCGCAGGAGCUACUUUCUCGACUUUAGUGGUGAAUAACAUCGCAGUACAAGAGGGAAGCACCGUAGAUGGGCUGCACUUCUCAAGAGAUGUGAUAAGUCUCUCUGGCAGAGCUGUGCUAGGUCAUUCUACGUUCUCAAAGGGCUUGACUGUGAAAGAUAACGUGAAUGUAAUUAAGACUGAAAGUGGCAUGGACCUGGAUCGUCUGUUUAACAAGACUUUGAAGAUCAGUGGUGGAACACUGCUUGGAUCCGUAUACUUCCUUAGGGAAGUAACUGUAGGAAGCCUGAAAGCCAAGGAGAUGAUGGGAAUAAAUGUAGAUGAAUUCAUGUCUGAGACUGUAUUCAAAAAUAGUUUUGCAUCUAUUACUGGUUUGCUUGCAGUACCUUCCUUAGUGACAAAAACUGCUUUAACUGUGAAUGGUAACAUAAAUGGUGCUAGUUUUCCUUCUCAUUUUCCUUUGCGAACAGACUCCACUCAUAGUUUCGGUGCUAAGAGUUUCUCUAGUCUACAAUUCGGAUCCGUGACAUUGAAUGAUGGGGCUACUGUGGAUGGCCUGGAUGUGUCACAACUCGUCACUCUAAAUUCGCAGCAACAAAUAACUGGCAAGAAGACCUUUAUGAAAGGUGUAAACAUAAAGGGCAACUUGGACAUCUCUACUGCCAUAAUAGAUGGAGUUAACUUAAACUUAUUAACACGGGGAAUUUCUCUCUCUGAAUUAACAAAUUGGAAGUUUAACUUAGAAUUCAAGAAACCAGUGCACAUUAGCUCCCUACACUGCCGUGGAAAGGUGAAUGGAAUAGACUUCGCUAAUAUUGCUGAAGAUAUAAUCUAUACUGAUGCAAGCUCGGCAGUGAUCUCGGGAAGGAAAAAAUUUGCAUAUCCGUUGACUAUUUCUGAUUCGGCUUUCGAAAAUUCCUUCAAUAACGAAAAGUUUGACGACCUGGUGAAUCUUUCUGGCAACAAUACUUUCGGUGGAAAUUUAGCGUUCAAAAAUGACGUUCACUUCGAUUCCUUGACAGUGACUGGCAAUGUAGAUGGUGUAGACUUGGCCAACCUGGCAUCUGCUGCAGUUUACCUUGACAAGGAGGGGCAGGUGGUUCAGGGAAAACUAGUAUUUACAAAGAGGACCUCUGCUGCUGGUCUAGAAGCUUCUGGAAAGAUAAAUGAUGUUGAUUUUUUGAAAGUCUUAAGGAAGACUGGAAUGCAAAACUUCAGUGCUGUCCAGGUGCUCAAGUCUGCAACUUUUGAUUAUGUAAGAACGUAUGCUAUAGAAAUGUCGGAAGGAGCCACGGUUAACACUAUAGAUUUAUCGGAGCUUGCAAAGAAUAGAAUAAAACUGAACUCUGCUGACAGUUUCAAUGGUACUUUGAAUAUAGAGGGAAGAGUGACUAUACUUGGUGCACUAUCUGCAGUCUACAUGAAUGGUUUUGACAUUCAGCAGUUGAAAGACAACAUAGUCACAGAUAAAGUAUCAUGUACAGUAUCUGGGAAUGUUAUUUUCUCGACACUUAAUGUCGACCAGUCUGUUACAACAACUGGUAAAGUGGGUGCUAAUGGGUUGAACAUAAAUAUCAUCAAUGCAAAUGCUGCUCGUCUAUACUCUGACAACUUCCUGAGUGGUUCAAUCGCCUGGAGUAACUUAGUACUGCUUGGUAACGUGACUGUAGGUGGCUUAGUCAAUGGUGCUGAUUUGAGGAGGAUAGCUGCCGAUGCUGUGUACAAGAACAUUCCAACUGUGCAGAUCAUAACAGGCAGGAAGACCUUCCAUGAUGGGUUCACUGUUAAAGGCGACAUAUACGCUGAAACCACUAAUGGGCUUGACCUGGCCACAAGGCUCUUCACCUUGCACACGAAUCAGGUCAUCACUGGUAUAUACCACUUCGCAAGUAUACGAGCUGAGCAGUACGUUAACCUUGUUGGACUCUAUUGCAAUGUAAACCUCAAGAGGUUGAUGGCUAAUACACUCCAACGUGGGAAUUACAUUUUAAAUGGGGAUUUAUUCUUCACAAACGUGGUCAACAUAAGUCACCUUAGGCUGGAAGAUUCUCUGAAUCUGAGGAAUGUGAAUGAACUCUUGAGGGAUGCUAUAAGAAAGCUGGACAUACCUCUCACAGUGACUGGCAUUAAGACCUUCAAGAGCAGCAUGGCAGAAUCCUUUACCACUUUCAAGAACAUUAAAGUCUGGUACCUGAAUUCUGUGAAUUUUGAUCAUUAUUUGGCACAUGUGGUCCGGAGGAAUUCUCCUAGUUUUGCAUUAAAGAGCCUGUCAGUGGCGGGAAGUAUCUCUGCCCCAACUAUCUCUGCUACUACACUGAUGAUAGAGGGCACAAUUGAAGGAGUAGACUACCAUUUACUCCUUAAAAAUGCGGUGCACUUGACAGGAGACCAGACCAUAGUGUCUCCCCUGGUGUUUCUGGAGGAUCUGUCUGUGGAUGGCAAUAUUAAAAUAAAAACUUUGAACAACUUGAAGCUAGAUACUGACUACUUAACUACCACAACAAACCAAACUAUACCUUAUCAAACGACAUUAAAAAAUGCAACUACAUCAGAUAUCUUUGUGGGCGGGCAAGUAAACGCAUGGUUCUUCUACCAAGAAGUUAUGGAGACUAUGAAAGCAGUCGGUGGUCAAACUUUGCCUGGGCUGAUAACCUUUGGUGGCACUGUAGAAGUGUUGGGACGGGUAAGAGUGACAGAGAAAACAGGUGCCAGUAUCAGAGUAAAGCUCUCCCAACAAGCUGUCUCGCUGGGUGACAACUCUCAAAUUGAAGGCGUGCUAAUCUUUAAUGGCCCAUUAACGGUGGAGAGACUAGAAACGUCAGGAAUAAUAAAUGGUGUAAACUUGUCAGACUUGUACAACAACGCCUGGUUUGUUGACCAGGAUGCAGACUUUACCGCCAGAAUAAUGUUCAAUGCCAGUGUCAUCAUGAAGGAAGGGUUGGUAGUUGCUGGUGUUGUUGACAACCUGAUGGUCAAGGACCUGUACAAAGAAACUACAGAAGUUCUUUCGCACUACAGCAAUACAACCGAAGAUCUGAGGGAAGAGUAUGAGGGUGUAUGUGGUCCUAUCACUGCUCUACACGAACAGCUACAGACCUCAGUCUACGAAGGAGACUACUUCUCUAUACUUCGUGAGCUGCAGAUUCCACACAACCGGCAUUCUUCUACAUCUUUCCAGGCUUUUAAUACAACCUGCGUGGUGAUGACCUGGGAGGGUGGACUUUGCGAUUCUGUAUUGUACAUGUUCGAUCCUAUCUCUUUGGACCUGGUGCAAGCCACGACUAUAUCAAACUCUGGAUAUGCUCACCAGUGGCUCUUCUUGGAUAUCUUUGAUGAAAGUGUAUUAUUGGCCAUGGCUGGGUCAGCAAAAGGAAAUAACUGUACCAGAAGUAACAGCAUCAUCUGGAGGAUUAACAAAUUGACAGUUCAGGUGCAUCAAGAGUUGAUUGCCGGGGAGCGCGUGUCUAAAGCUUUGGUGGCUGGAGAAGUAAUGCUGUACAUACACACAGAAGUGGACACUUUCACUUACAGGCUGGACUCUACCACAGGAUACUUUACCCAGUUAGAAGUUUUGCAUGGUCAUGUGGGUGUCACCGCAACUGCAGAAUCAGACAACCAAGCUGUUAUGUUCUGGGCUUCCCGAUACUCUGGGAAGGUGAUGGUAGAUGGAGUGUUUGGUGAAGAGUUGGAGUUUCCAGCACGUAUCAUGGAUGCUCUUGUGAUCUACCAGGCGGGAAAGUUUUUUAUUGUUCUGGCUGUACAUAAAGAAAUGUGCAUAGAGGCUCAGAUGAACCUGGAGCUUUACACAGUAGAUUUGGGUACCAAAACUGUUGCUGGUGUAGACACACACAGACUGAGUGCCCAAGCAAAUCUUCUAUCUUUCUUCACUGGAAGUUAUGCCAGUGGCUCAACAAUAGUAAUGGCUAUUCAACAGAGUGCAUUCCCACUAGUAUACAAAUUAAGAGGAGAGAAGUUGAACGUAUUCAAUGUAGAUUGUAUACCAAGAGUGUUGUGGGCACAGUACAUGAGCACCCCAGGCCAAAAGUUUCCACAACUCUUGGACCAUUAUGUGUUACUGGGAAGGAAAGACCAGACACUUCUCACAAAGUUGAUUAUGAGAGGCUCUGUUUUGCCUUCCAGAAAACUCUACUGUGAUGCCGACGCCUUCUGCGACCCCUUCCUAACACCCCAAAUCCACAUGGAUAGCCCAUAGAUUACAUGUUUUAAACUAAUGUUCAAAUUGAAAAAGAAAACAGAAUUUGUAAGUCUUUAAAUAAAAUUGCUUUCAGU